AUUGAAGCGCCUCUUUCGGCGGAACCUACCCCAAGAGCGGAAAGCGGAGAUCAAUUAGAAUUGUGAACCCCAAAGCGAGCGAUUGAUACGAUACACUCACGAGUACUCAUGCCCAAGCCCGAGCCCGAGCCCGAGUACUCUGUCCAGCAUCCACAUCGGGGAAUCAACAUAAAUGGGUGGCUCCGCGGACGGUGUUCCAGCAGUCGCGCUUGGGCGGUCCGAGUGAGCAGUAACGGAUCUUCUGCAGAAAUCAGUGAAUAGAUACAGUAUCUGAAGGAUCAAAAAGUGUUGAAAAUCAAUUAAAAGAUGGACGAGGCUUCUGGCACGACGACAACCGAUGGCAAGUCCCUGGAUGAGGCGCCGGUGGCCGCAGGACUGGAGCCCACACAGCCGAUCGGCUUCCUGCAGCUCUUCCGCUUCUCCACCUGCGGGGAGAUCGCGUGGCUAUUCUUUGGGUUCCUCAUGUGCUGCGUCAAGGCGUUGACCCUGCCCGCAGUGGUCAUCAUUUACAGCGAGUUCACGUCGAUGCUGGUGGACCGGGCCAUGGAGUUCGGGACGAGUUCGAAGGUCCACGCGUUGCCCCUUUUCGGGGGAGGAAAGUCGCUCACAAACGCCACUCUGGCGGUGAGGAAUGAGGCCCUCUACGACGACUCCAUCUCGUACGGCCUGCUGCUGACCAUCGCAUCGGUGGUGAUGUUCAUAGCUGGCAUCUUCUCGGUGGACAUCUUCAACGUGGUGGCCCUGCGGCAGGUCUCGCGCAUGCGGAUCAUGCUCUUCACCUCGGUGAUGCGGCAGGAGAUUGGCUGGCACGACCUGGCGAGCAAGCAGAACUUCGUCCAGAGCAUGGUCGAUGACGUGGAGAAGAUACGCGACGGCAUCUCCGAGAAGGUGGGACACUUCGUCUAUCUGAUUGUGGGCUUCAUCAUCACGGUGGCCAUAUCCUUCAGCUACGGCUGGAAGCUCACGCUCGCCGUCAGCUCCUACAUUCCCAUCGUGAUCCUCGUGAAUUAUUACGUGGCAAAGUUUCAAGGAAAACUCACGGCCAGAGAGCAGGAAUCGUAUGCGGGGGCGGGAAACCUUGCCGAGGAGAUCCUCAGUGCCAUUCGCACGGUCGUGUCCUUUGGCGGGGAGAAGGCGGAGGUGCAGCGCUACGAGAACUUCCUGGUGCCCGCGCGGAAGGCCAGUCAGUGGAAGGGCGCCUUCUCGGGCCUCAGCGACGCCCUGCUCAAGUCCAUGCUCUACCUGUCGUGUGCGGGCGCCUUCUGGUACGGCGUCAACCUGAUCAUCGACGACCGCGGAGUGGAGGACAAGGAGUACACUCCUGCCAUCCUGAUGAUCGCCUUCUUCGGCAUCAUUGUGGGGGCGGACAACAUCGCCCGGACAGCGCCCUUCCUCGAGUCCUUCGCCACCGCCCGUGGGUGUGCCACCAACCUCUUCAAGGUCAUAGACCUCCAGUCCAAGAUCGAUCCCCUCUCGACGGAUGGAAAGCUCCUCAACUACGGCCUGCGGGGCGACGUGGAGUUCCAGGAUGUCUUCUUCCGGUAUCCCUCCCGCCCCGAGGUCACCGUCCAUCGGGGCCUGAACAUCAGGAUCCGCGCGGGGCAAACGGUGGCUCUGGUGGGCUCCUCCGGCUGUGGAAAGUCCACGUGCGUGCAGCUUCUGCAGAGGUUCUACGAUCCCGUCUUUGGUUCCGUGAUGCUCGACGACCUGGACAUCCGCAAGUACAACAUCCAGUGGCUGCGCUCCAACAUCGCGGUGGUGGGCCAGGAGCCGGUGCUCUUCCUGGGAACCAUUGCCCAAAACAUCAGCUACGGCAAGCCGGGGGCCACCCAGAAGGAGAUCGAGGCAGCUGCCACCCAAGCGGGGGCCCACGAAUUCAUCACUGGACUGCCAGAGAGCUAUCGCACAAUGAUCGGGGAGCGGGGAUCCCAGCUGUCAGGCGGACAGAAGCAGCGCAUUGCCAUCGCCCGGGCACUCAUCCAAAACCCCAAAAUCCUGCUGCUGGACGAAGCAACAUCCGCCCUGGACUACCAAUCGGAGAAGCAGGUGCAACAGGCCCUGGAUCUGGCCAGCAAGGGACGCACCACCAUUGUGGUGUCGCAUCGUCUGUCCGCCAUCCGCGGGGCCGACAAGAUUGUCUUCAUCCAGGACGGCAAGGUCCUGGAGGAGGGCUCGCACGACGACCUGAUGGCCCUGGAGUCCGCAUACUACCGAAUGGUGCGUGCCGGGGACAUCCACAUGCCCGACGAGGUGCAAACGGAGGACGCAGAGACGACCAUCGAUGACGCCAAACGCAAAAGCCUGGCACUCCUCGAGAAGUCCUUCGAGACGAGUCCUUUGAACUUUGAAAAGGGCGCCCAAAAGGAGAACAGCGUGCAGUUCGACGAGCCCAUCGUGAAGCCCCUCCCGAAGGACAGCAACGCCCUCAAGCUGCAGGACGCUGCCACCGCCGCAGAGAAGCCCAAUUUCUUCCACACCUUCGCGCGGAUCGUGCGGCUCUCCCGCCCCGAAUGGUGCUACCUGAUCCUCGGUACAAUCAGUGCCAUUGCCGUCGGCUGCCUGUACCCGGCGUUCUCCAUCAUUUUCGGUGAAUUCUACGCCGCACUCGCGGAACAGGACCCGGAGGACGCCCUCAGCCGCACCGCAGUCCUCUCGUGGGCGUGCCUGGGCCUCGCCUUCGUCACGGGACUCGUGUGCUUCCUGCAGACGUAUCUGUUCAACUACGCGGGCAUUUGGCUGACGACGCGAAUGAGGGCCAUGACCUUCAAGGCGAUGGUCAGCCAGGAGGUCGGGUGGUUCGACGACGAGGACAACUCCGUGGGCGCCCUGUCCGCCCGUCUCUCGGGGGAGGCAGCGGGCGUGCAGGGUGCCAUUGGGUAUCCCCUGAGCGGCAUGAUCCAGGCCCUCUCCAACUUCACUUCGAGCGUCACCGUCGCCAUGUACUACAACUGGAAGCUGGCGCUCCUCUGCCUCGCCAAUUGUCCGAUAAUCGUCGGUUCAGUCAUCCUGGAAGCCAAGAUGAUGUCCACCGCCAUCGUGAGGGAGAAACAAGUCAUUGAGGAGGCCUGUCGCAUUGCCACCGAAUCCAUCACGAAUAUCCGCACUGUGGCGGGGCUCCGGCGGGAGGCGGAUGUCAUUCGGCAGUACACGCAGGAGAUCCAUCGGGUGGAGGUCCUCAUCCACCAGAAGCUGCGCUGGCGGGGCGUCCUCAACUCCACGAUGCAGGCGUCUGCGUUCUUCGCCUACGCGGUGGCCCUCUGCUACGGCGGCGUCCUGGUCUCCGAGGGACAGCUGCCCUUCCAGGACAUCAUCAAGGUCUCGGAAACCCUGCUCUAUGGCUCCAUGAUGCUCGCCCAAUCGCUGGCCUUCACCCCCGCCUUCUCGGCGGCCCUCGUGGCCGGGCACCGCCUCUUCCAGAUCCUCGACCGCAGGCCCAGGAUCGUCUCGCCCAUGGGCACCAUCCGGAACACCCUCGCCAAGCAACUGAAUCUCUUCGAGGGCGUGCGCUACCGCGGCAUUGAGUUCCGGUAUCCGACGCGACCCGAUGCCAAGAUUCUCCAGGGCCUGGAUCUGGAGGUGCUCAAGGGCCAAACGGUGGCCCUGGUGGGGCACUCCGGCUGCGGCAAGUCCACCUGCGUGCAGCUGCUGCAACGCUACUACGAUCCGGAUGAGGGAUCCAUCCACAUCGACCACGAUGAUAUCCAGCACGAUCUGACCCUCGAGGGCGUACGCUCCCGCCUCGGCAUCGUCUCGCAGGAGCCCACCCUCUUCGAGCGCUCCAUCGCGGAGAACAUCGCCUACGGGGACAACCGUCGCUCCGUCUCGAUGGCCGAGGUGAUGGCCGCCGCCAAGAGCGCCAAUGCCCACAGCUUCAUCAUCUCCCUUCCGAACGGCUACGACACACGAAUGGGGGCACGCGGCACCCAGCUGUCGGGGGGGCAGAAGCAGCGCAUCGCCAUUGCCCGGGCCCUGGUGCGGAACCCCAAGAUCCUGCUCCUGGACGAGGCCACCUCGGCCCUGGACCUGCAGAGCGAGCAGCUGGUGCAGCAGGCCCUCGACUCCGCGUGCAGCGGACGCACAUGCAUUGUCAUCGCCCACCGCCUGUCCACCGUCCAGAACGCCGACUGCAUUUGUGUGGUGCAGAACGGCCGCGUGGUGGAGCAGGGCACCCACCUGGAGCUCAUUUCCCAGCGCGGCAUCUACGCGAAGCUCCACAAAACCCAGAAGGAUCAUUGAGGCGCCGACGAGGCCGCGCUUUCCGGAGCAAAUGAUCGCCGGAGAAUAUAUAUUCACUGCAACUUGUAUCCCAAUAUCCAAGAGAUUCACAAAACACAUUCACCUACCGCUUACCGCUUACCGCGUAUCGCGUAUCGCGUAUAGCAUUUUCUUUUUUAAGCAGGACUUUUAUUUUUUUUUGCAUUUUAAUAAAUAAAGAAUAUCACAAUU